GGAUUCCAUGUACCGCGGAGUCGUCUCGUGGAGAGCCAGCUAAUCGAGGAGACAUUCGUGUAGAACGUGGCAUAAGAGGAGAGAACAAAAAUAAAGAACAGAAAAAAAAAACAAAACGGACGAGAACGGCCUUGGAGUGCUUGUGUUCUCACGCGAAUGUAUAAUUAAAGCCAAGAAAAAUGCAGCGGCAAGAAUGGCUACUGAUAUUCCUAAUCGCUGGAACAGCGACGGCGAUGUCCUGCAGGAAACAGAGAUCCUUGGACAGCACUUCCCAAGAUUAUUACAAUGAUCUUCGAUCGUUCAAGUAUCACGGCGACGAUGCUGACCGGAAAUUCGACAGAGAUCGACAAGGCGAAAGAGAAAUCGUCGUCGAGGACGAGGAGAUCGAAUUUCUACCGAAUGAAGUUGGACAACUCGAGACUGUGGGGAACGGUUUUCAGGAUCUCAACAACAAGUUACUGGAGAGAGCCUUGAUAGAUUACGUGGAGAGUGCCCCGCAACAGGUACCGGAUAUACCGUCGCAUCGUUUUAAGUAAACUUCUAUUUAUAAGGAACAUAGAAUCGUCGGCGUCGACAAUAAAGAAUUGGCUAAACUGUUUCUGGAUGAACAAGACGGAUCAUCGCCUUACAGCCUCGGCGAUGUGGACGAUGAAAUGUACAUGGAUGGUCGUCAAGCACUUUACGACCGAUUCAGGCCCAACCACGGGAACAACAAGCUCUACGAAAAUACUGGAUCGAUGUCUUGGGGCGAAGCACUGAACAAGGAGGCUCUGUCGCGUGCACAAAAUGCAGAAGUCGACGAGAACGAGUACUCUGAUCGUGAACAAGAUCCUAAUUUAUUGUACCUGACGUUGGCUGAACGGAGGAACGUCGUCAACGGAAGGUAUCCGGUCGAUCGUGAUUUUAGAACGUAUCGAAACAUGGUGAAGCGAUAUUCAGUCGCUAAGAGAAGUCCGCAACCAUUGGCUACGAGGGAACGGGUCACCGACCCUAAGGUUGCCCAAGAUUUGGGAGCGUUGUUCGGCACUCAGCCCUCCAAUAACCGGAAUCGCACACACGAUCACGAGCACAAUCAUGACCACGAUCAUGAUCAUAAUCAUAAUCACGAUCAUGAUCACAAUCACGAGCACGAUCACGAUAAGCAGAACCACGAAAGUACCUCGGAGUCGCCAAAAGUGACUCCACCGGCGAAAGGGCAAAAGGAGAACGCGACGAAACUCGGCAAGUCCAAGUCCAUCGAAGUCAGAAAGAAGAGUGUCGACUGGUCGCAAUAUUUCGGUAUUGAUCGAAGGAGGAAGAAGGCAUCAUUGAUGGCCGGCCAGGGAACGCAAAAUCAGGACGAUGAGUGGAUGUUGCAACGAUAUUAUGAGAAUAUGGGUGACAAUCUACGAGGAAACGAUCGGGAAUAUAAGAAAGAGAAUAUUGACAGGAACGUCAAGCUGGAGGAUUUGAUCAUGGAGAAGGCUUUGAGAUACGCGGACACGGAGGAAGCAGCUACUUUGCAAAAGGUGAAGGACAAAGUAAUGGCGCGAUUGGCCGCUCAAUAUUCACUCGAAAAAAUGAGAAAAGCUCUGUAUGACCUCAGGAAUAGUUUUACGGCUCGUCCUCAACCCAAUCAGACGUCGAACUUUCGGGAAAACAACGAUCCUUCUAAGCAGACCGAGAAGCGUACCAAUAAAAACAUAGGCGAAACCGAAGGUGACGACGAGAUUGCAGCCUGUGCAAAAUUGAAAAAGGUUGACCAACAAUGCAGGGCCGCAGCCAUGUUCGAUGUAGAAGCAUUGCAAAUGUUUUAUGUGCCCUGCAUUGCCCUGCAUACCUGUUUCUCCUGCAUGCCGAAUGAUUCAAGGCACCAGUGCUUUGACGAUUACUUCGUGGAAACUGACAAAAUUUGUGAUACGCUAUCGCUAACAAAGAAUCAAAUGGUGGCCUGCCAGAAAAAAGCUGUACUGUUUAUUUAAUGUACAAUACAG